AUGGCCUGCUACAACUCCUGCCGUCCCUGCGGACCCACCCCGCUGGCCAACAGCUGCAACGAGCCCUGUGCCCUGCAAUGCCAGGAUUCCCGUGUCAUCAUCGACCCUGCCCCUGUGCUGAUCACCCUGCCAGGACCCAUCAUGACCUCCUUCCCCCAGAACACCGCUGUUGGAUCCACCUCCUCGGCUGCCGUGGGCACUGAACUCAGUGUGCAGGGACAGCCCAUCUCUGGUGGAUUUGGUGGCUUUGGCUACGGCCUUGGCUAUGGCCGUGGAUUUGGCUACGGGCUGGGCUGUGGCUAUGGGCUGGGAGGCCUGGGCUGCUAUGGCAGAAGGGGUGGCUACAUCUGCUAA